AUGAUCAACCGACAGAUAACUGAACUUCACGACAGAAAUGACGAGGACGUGCGUGAAGAAGACAUCCACGAGGACACAGCGGAGAUUGUCAACGUCUCAGGACACAUAACAGAGCCAAACCACAGGGCAGACAUGGACUCAUCGCUUGGAGCUGAUAAUCAGACGUUUUCAAACUCACCUAAAGAUUACAUCACCACUGAACUGGAGGCAUUUGCUGCUGCUAUGUCACGGGAACCAAGACUUCUGCCGUUAAGCUCCGACAAUACACCACAAGCAUUUAGAAAUACCUAUGGAAGGGAAGUAUUCAGUCAACGACCAGGUUCACGAGAAGACAGCAACAACCCAUUUGACCAUGCAAAUAGCAGUUUCCCUCGGAUAGCACAACAAAAACGGGAUGGCCUUGUGCUAACCCUGGACGAACAAGUACACUACAAAUUGGCCGAAGGUUGUUCGCAUACUCGAUAA